AUAUAGAACCUGGAAUCUCUGAUUCAUAUCCUGUAAAUUCUAAUGAUGUUUCUAAAGAUAUAAAUUUACUAUGUGAUGAUAUUGAUAUAACUAAUAAUGCUUCAAAUUCUGAUGAACAUCAAGAAGAAACUUCAUUUCAAGUCUCUAAUUUAUCUUUGACUGCAUUAGCCAUAUAUGUAAAGCCUAAAUCAUUAGAAGAAUUCACUGAUAAUUCUUCUGAUGACUUACUUGAAACUGAGAUUAAUGAAAAAGCUAAAAGAAUUUCAUCAGAAACAGAGGUAAGUAUUACAACUAUCCCCUCUAUCCUGUUGUCUCAUAUAUAUAAUUUGGAAGUUAUGAUAAAUGAGGAUGUCAAAUCUUUGCUAGAAACUGAGGUAAGCAUAUCUGCUAAAUUGAUUUCAAAGGAACCAGAAACUGUAAAUGUAUUCGAUAAGUAUAAUGAAAAUGAUGGUGAAUUCUUUGAUGAUAACGAUGAUGAAUUCUCUAAUGAUAACGAUGAUAAAGAUUAUUGA